AUGUUAGUAUUCAUGGACCAUUCGAAUCGUACAACAAACCCCGUAAAUCACCAAACGAAGAAAGAACGCAGUGUUCAUGGCAAGCCAGAAUGGCAAAAGAGUGCAAUCAGGAUCUGUGGAUUAUGGUCAGAACAGUUGAGCUCCAAAGGGAAAAUAUAUUUUUACAAUUGUGCUACGGAGGUUUCUCAGUGGCAGAAGCCACCAGAAUGGAAUUUGCCAGAAUUGAAUAGGAAGGAUCUUGUCAAGCUAAUGAACGAACGACAACAAGGUGAAGGAAUCCUUCUCAAAAGGUCACAUGAAUCAUCAGAAGGUGAAGUCGGAUCCUUGAAGGAUGAUCGUCCACUCCUGCCUAGCGAUUGUAAACGCGCAAAGUUGUCGUUUAAUUCUGAAGUUCGACGACCAGGUUCAUCACAAAUCGACGCUAAUUUAGUCAAUCAUACUAAUGAUACCGGUUACUCCUCAGGUGUGUUACAUGGAGAUGGAAGGAACAAUGUUAGCCGUCCUAUAGCUCAAGAUUCCCGUUUUGAUACGUUAAGGAAAAGCAAAAUACACUUACCUCCCAGAUCGUCCACAAACGAUGAUAUGGAAAUAUCUCCAAAUAGCUCCCCAUUGUCAGAUGAUAGCUCGACAAAGUACUCGGCUGAUAAGAAAACCUCCCCUCAGAAAUCUGCCGUGGGAAAUUCCUCCCCGAAUACCUUUUGUUUCCAGCGUCCGAGGGACUGCAAGAUGAAAAGUACAGAAAUAAACUCAGGUCAUGCUGUUCAGAAACAAGAAAACUCCACUUUGUAUCAGCUGGUCGACGCCAUUCGCGCUUCCAUAGGCGGUCUUCUGGAGCAGCCACCUCCUUCAUCAGCGCGUGUAGCAUACAAACUCUCACCAUCCAACAAUGGUUCAAUUUUCGGGUCAAACAGAGCCUCUGCUGCAUUCGAAAACAAUCAGCCUAGCAGUUGCCAACUCUCGCCGAUUAAGGGAUCUCAGCAGUCUCAGCUAGAGGAUAGGUUGCGCCAACCAUGUUCGGUUUCAAUCUCUUCGAGCUGCAGGCAGUCCAAAUGUGAUAAUCCCAUUGUGUAUCCUGGCUUGACUGAGUCACGGAACUAUAAUGUACAUAAAAGUUCUGUGCAAAGCGCUAAUCAGUGUCCUGUGAGCAGUAUUAAGACAAAUACAAUGGAUGAGUCAAGACGUAUAGUAAGCUCUAAUAACAGUCCGCUCCUCCCUUAUCCCGCCAGUUCUCAAACUGAAAGCCGGUCGCUUCCCUACGAAACUUAUUCAGCUUGUCGGAACAGAUCACACCAAAAUAGUCCAUCUGUGAUUCCCAGUCCACAUACAAAUCAGACAACUGCAAGCACUUCCAGUGCAUCUCUUCAAACUUGUGUUUCGUUGUCCCAUUAUGACUUAUCAUCUCGUCAAGUAAACAAAAUAAUUGAGAUUUUGGCUGAACAGGCUCACUGUAAAACUACAACUAAGGAACCAAACUGCAGUAGUGAUUUCUCAAUAAAUUCUAAUAAGUUGCACGAUGAUUUAAAAGCUGCGACAUCACCAGUAAAUUCAGCUCGAGCAUUCAUAUCUAGAACCCUUCAAAAUGAAUAUGCUUUGAACCGGGAUCCUAUAAAUGUCAACGCCCGCUCGCAACACAGUCAGCUAAAUGAGCUGGUACAGGUGUUGAAAGCAGCUUUGCAUCAUCACUCAUCCAGUCAUUCAGCUGCAGAUUCCACAUCAGUCGUAUUGGGGAAUGAUAUACAAAACUCAUGUUCGCGCUCUGAUUCUCUUGUUCAUCAUGAUAACAACAAGUCUCAUAACUUGGAUUUUAAAGGUCAAGAAAGUAAGGGCGCUAUGUCAACAUCACAUCAAGAUAGCUCAUUUUCCAUACAAAGCGGAUCAAGAACACAUGUAGCCAACCGCUUGACCACAGAUUCAUAUCCAUUCGGUAGAAUAAAUACGGGGCUAGAUACGUCAGGGUCUCCUGUUUCCGCAUGCAAUUUUUCAAGCAUCAGCAAUUCCGCGAAAACGACUGAGGUCGCAUCUGAUGUCACAGAUAAACGGGAAACUCCAAAUUUGCAUAGUCCCAUUUCCGCUUCCCCGUCAAUUCGUUCAAACAAUUCAACUAACACAGCAGUUGAUGUCGCGAAUAAACCUAUAUUAUCACCAGCUCCACCCUCUGAAAACAGUUCUGGCCUUAAUAGAGUGUCAGAUCCUUUGGAUAGCACAGAAAUAAAAUCGUUUUUUGACCCUGUGCUGAUUUCCAAUUAUCAUGACGAGUCCUUGCAACGUUUAGAGCAAGAGGCUCAAAUUGAGUCAAAGAAUUUUGAUCGCCUCCAAAGUGUUCUCUACGGGGAGCUUUCGGCGGAGUCAAAAAAGUUACGUGCUUUAGUUCGGAUAAGUGAAGCCAAACUUGCUAUCCACAAAGAAAAGCAAACGUCUCUACAGGAGCUGAUGGACGCAAUUGAGGUGCGGAAGCAUCUACCGAAUUUGUCUUUCGUGGAUGAUGUAUUAUAA